GGCUUGAUUUGAGUAGCAAUUGGGAGGGUUUUGAUGCGACAACCUGGCAACCGAAGAUCACGUUGCCCAUAGAAGAGACAGGACUGACGAACACAUUAAAACAUUAGCGAUUUUAUGGAGCGCUCUCUUUCCCGCUGAACACUGAUCUACUUACGGUGUUGACUGCAGCAAAGUCCUACACGCAAAUAGGAAGAUGUCAGCCACAGGCCAGGACCGAAGCAUCCGAUGGCAGGACAUUCAGAAGGGUUUGCAGUUCAUUCAGUCUACCCUGCCUUUUCCUGGCCCUCAAGAGCAGUAUGAGGUGUUCAUCCAGAGUUUGGUGAGGAAUCUGUUUGGUGAGGGAAAUGAUGUGUUCCUUGAAGGCGAAUGGACGCGAUCUGUUGAAUUAUACACCGAGGCCUUAAACAUAGCGGAGUAUGCAGAAUCAGAGGACAUCAUCAUCUCUCAAGACCUGAAGGAGAAGCUUUAUGCGAACCGUGCUGCAUCCUACUUGAACAUUGGACUGCACGAUCAAGCUCUAGAGGACUCUGAAAAAGCUCUUCAACUCAAUGAAAGCAACUACAGAGCACUUUACCGCAAAGCUCGAUGUCUAAAAGAAAUGGGAAGACAUCAAGAGGCUUAUGAGGUGGUUGCUAAAUGCUCCAUGGCAGUGCCUCAGGAUACUCGUGUGAUUGAAAUGACCCAGGAACUUGCCAAAAUGUUGGGAUUGAAAAUCCGUAAGGCUUAUGUCAGAAGCAAGCCUGCCUUAAAUGUUUUGCCCUGUUCAAGUCUGUCAGGAGCGGGUAAUGAUAAGCAUUCUCCGAGCUCUGCCUCCGUAGAGGAUAUUGAAAUGGAAGUGGGCCAGUAUAUGCAGGGUAUGGGUGGCCCGGUACAAGAGUGUUCUACAGUAAGCGAGAUGGAAGAAGUAGAGUCUAAGCCUCUUGUCAGUGUCAUCUCGCCACUGGUCGUCCCAGUUGAGACCAAUAAUCCAGAGCCUGUUCCCAUGCCAAUACAUUAUGGAACCAGGCUUAAUGACUCUUACACAGUACCAGACACCCACUUGGAUUAUGAUACUGAAAUUAUCGGGGAUGAACUGGAUGAGCUAUUGGACAGAGCAAGUCCUCCUGAGUCUUCUUUGGAUAUUCCCACAGUGGAGGGACCUAUUCCUUUACCAACCAGUAUUGCCGUCAGUAGUUCGAUACAGAGUUCUUUGCUCAUGCCUUCCCACCUGGGCCAUCCGUUUUUGAGUAUGGCUCCACAAUGCACAGUCAGUUUGCCCGCACCGUAUCACAAUUCAAUUUCAUCGUAUUCUCUUGGUCUGGACACAUUUUCUUCACCUCUGGAUUCACUGGAUAGUUUGUCAAUUUCAGAGUCUCCGACAGGACAAGAUAAACCAUUUAUCCAGCAUCAUUUUAUGUCGCUGAGUAAUAGUGACAUGUCAGUGUCAGCUAUUCCACCCAUCAGCAUGGGUUUCUACACAUCCGAUGGGACAUUUGUGCAGGAUUAUCCACAACAGCUAGACCUUGCCAAGAACCCACUUGCUGAUACCCAUGAAUUCAAACAGGCCUGUUCCUCUUGCUACAUUAAAACUGGACCUGGAGUCCUGGAUUACGCUUACCAUCCAGAGGACCACAAAUGCAAAAAAGAUUUGCUUUUGGGAAGAACCAAACAUUCUGAACUUCCAACAUGGAAGCUUAUUCGCCCAAGACCCACAAAAAACCAGUACAUGGGGCCUUAUUAUAUUUGCAAAGAUGUGGCGAUGGGACAAGAAUGCCGGUAUCUUGGCCAUUGUACCUUUGCUUAUUGCCAAGAGGAAAUUGACGUGUGGACGGUAGAACGCAAAGGCUUCAUCUGCAGGGAAAAUCUGUGUGAUCCUUAUGGGUCUAAACCUAAGAUCAGUUUGACAGUGCCCAAAAUCUUACAGGAGCACCAUGGGAUAUUUAUGUUCCUCUGUGAGGUGUGCUUUGAUCACAAACCCAGAAUAAUCAGCAAAACCAAUAAGGACAACCCCGGUCUAUGCUCUCACCCAGUGACAAAGCAUGUGUUUGAGGAAAAGAAGUGCCUUGUACACUAUUUAAGGGACAAAACAGUCAGGUACUCCAAAAUCCGUCCAUACUUCCCUCAUUGCCAGAUGGAUCUGUGUAGGCAUGAGGUACGGUACGGCUGCCAGCGAGAAGAUUUCUGCUUUUAUGCCCACAGCCUCAUCGAGCUCAAAGUAUGGAUGAUGCAGAGUGGACAAGGUAUCGCACAUGAAGGUAUUGUUCAGGAGUCACAGAAAUAUUGGAAUAUGGAUGCUGCUGUUCAUGCCCAGGAGCUUCCACCAGCCCUGCGCAGAUUUGGUCCAGCUAACCUGAAGAUGCAGUUUGUAUGUGCUCAGUGUUGGAGGAACGGCCAAGUCAUCGAGGCAGACAAAAACAGGAAGUAUUGCAGUGCAAAGGCCCGGCAUCCUUGGUCUAAAGAGAGACGGGUGGUUCUGGUUAGUUCUAUUGAACGGAAAAAGUGGACUACAGUUCGACCUCUCCCAACAAAAAAGCCUAUUCCUGCUCAGUUUGAAAUUUGUUUGCAUGUGGCAGCUGGCAAAAAGUGUCAGUACAUUGGAAACUGCUCUUUUGCUCACAGUCCAGAGGAGAGAGACCUAUGGACCUUCAUGAAAGAUAACAAUAUUGCAGACAUGGAGCAGCUGUAUGAAAUGUGGCUGCAGUCUCAGAAGCCGGGCUGGAGCGAGGAGAACAGCAGCGGUGCCCGAGAGAAUGGGAAACAGAUUCAUAUGCCCACAGACUAUGCUGAGGAAAUGGCUGGCAACCAUUGCUGGUUGUGUGGGAAGAACUGCAACAGUGAUAAGCAGUGGCAGCAGCAUAUCACCUCCGAGAAGCACAAAGAACGAGUGUUCAACUCUGAAGACGAUCAGAACUGCUGGCAGUAUCGCUUCCCUACAGGAACCUUCAGAGUUUGCGAAUGGUUCCUAAUGGGCACCUGCACAGAGGAGGAGCUUUGUAAGCUGGCACAUGGAGACGAGGAGCUGAAGGAGUGGAGGGACAGAAGAGAAUUCCUUUUGAUGAAACUUGCCAAAGCUAGAAAAGAUCACUUGAUAGCACCAAAUGAUAAUGACUUUGGCAAAUAUAGUUUUCUGCUUAAAGAUAUUAAGUAAUGUUUUAAUGAAUCUGUUAAUGCAGGGUGUUCUGGAACUAUGAUGUCUUGAGUUCAGUAUUGAAAUGGGGCGAGCGUGGUGUGGGUCUCUGGAGGAGGAGGACAUCCUCCUCCUGGGUUUUCACUGAAAGCACAGAGCUGGCCUUGUGUUCAGAGUAAUCAUGGCUUUGUUGCUUUUAUCACCGGUUAGAGAUAAACGCACCAUCGCCUUUUAUGUUUCUUUUAUUAAAUCGCAAACGGCGAUCAGCUUUCGGGAAUUGGCUUUUGCUCUUCAAACCCAAAGCUGAAGUGCAGUAUACGUAUGGCAAGAAAUAGCGCAUCUGAGAUUCCCGUGUCAUUCCCACCUUUUUUUUUCUUUUCUUAACUGGGAUUUGUUUUGGAAUGUUGGGUCCUGAAUCUCUGUUGUUCUAAAUCCACAGCGAAUUACUAUGUUGUGUGCUUGCUGUGUUAAUGCCUGUUGGUGUUAUAUAUGGACCUACGUAAACACAAUAAAGUAGUCUUCUUUUCAGUUUCCAUAAUUGCUGAAAGCAGAGCUCUAGGGUAUUACUACCAUCACAGUGUAUUAAUGAAAAUUAAAAAGUGGAGGUGCCAUGCUGUUGGCGAAUUGUCAAGACAUGUUUGAUCCACUAGGGGGAGAGGGACGACCUGCCAGCUGCAUCUCUGUAUUUUAAUAAAUGCUUUGUGUUGGAGA